GGGUCUCACAAGAGAAGCACUAACUCCCAUGACUCUGAGUCCUGCGUCUCUCGUUCAACUGACAAAAGUAACAGUGACAGCGGCGACAUGGGGCGCGAGGAUGCUGGGUCUUACAAGAGAAGCACUAACUCCCAUGACUCUGAGUCCUGCGCCUCUCAUUCAACCGACAAAAGCGACAACGGUGACACGUGGCGUGAGGAUGUUGGGUCUCACAAGAGAAGCACUAACUCUCAUGACUCUGAGUCCUGCGUCUCUCGUUCAACCGACAAAAGUAACAGUGACGGCGGCGACACGGGGCGCGAGGAUGCUGUUUCUUACAGGAGAAACAACAAGUCCCAUGACUCUGGGUCCUGCGUCUCUCAUUCAACCGACGUUGAAAGCAACAACAGUGACAGCGUCGACACGGCGCGCGAGGACGUUGGAUCUCACCGUGUUCACAAGAGAAAAGCUUUUGUUCACCGUCUCAAGGACGAAAAGCGCUACAACUAGGCAAUAUAUCUGAGAGAGCUUUCGAAUUAGGAAAGGGUUGCGAGAAGAUAUAUCGAGUUUCAUAUAUCAUAGCAGAACUACAGUAUCAGGCGCAGCCUAGCUCGCACGAGAGUAGAUAAUCGAGGACGGACUCAAUCAAU